UUAUUUUGAAAACCGGAAAUUCAUCAAACAGCUAGCAAGCUAACAGGUAGCCGGUAGAUGUUUUCCUGUUCAGGUCUUGCCGUAGCUUAUCUUUACCGUGUUAAAUUGUUACCGUCUCUGCAGCAGGCUAGAUCUGUCACUUUAAAGGCUGUAACGUUACCCGACCUUGUGCUGGUGCUCAGCUGCCGGUACAGAGCCCCUCUGCCCGGUGUCGCCCUGCACAGAAGGCACUACUCCAGAAACAGACAAAUGCCCAAAAAGGUGAAAGAACAGCUGGCAGGUUGUGGAGGAGCUGCCGUAGCAGAAGCCUGUGGUCCAGUAACCAAAGACAAAAGUGGUGCUGUAACCAUAAGAGUUCAUGCAAAGCCCGGCUCCAAACAAAGCAGCAUCACAGAAGUUUCUACAGAGGCAGUAAGUGUUGCCAUCUCAGCACCACCUACAGAUGGAGAGGCCAAUGCUGAGCUUAUUCGCUACCUGGCUGAGGUUCUGGACCUGAAGAAAAGUCACAUAUCUCUUGACAAGGGGUCCAGGUCCAGAGACAAAGUCAUCAAAGUGGACUCUUCUCUCAGUCCAGAGGAGGUGUUGAGGAAGCUCAGAGAGGCUGUAGGCUGACAAGAGGGAUGUCAGUUUCCAGCAGGCAGUCAUCUAAACCCUACCUUGAUUUAUGUUUAAAGUAAAGUAAUUGUCCCUACAACUAAUAAACUAAUAGCUGGUUGUGCCACCUUUAACAGCAGGAACUGCUAACCAAGUUUGGGAUACAUGGCAAUGAGUCAUUUACAAUUUACUGUGCGGAAUUUUGGAAUGACAUGAACUGCCUGUUUAAGGUUAUGCCAAAGUGAGUUUUCCCUUGGAACUCUACCAUGGAUGCUGUUUUUGUGUAGUCUCUUAUAGGUGUUUCAUGAAUGGGGUGGGGGGGUGUUCUGUAUAAAGUAGUCAAAAGACUAAAUAAAAAUGAACAUUUUGAAA